ACACAAACCAAGCAAAAGCAAGCCAAGCAAACUGCACCAGCUCAAAUACCUGAGCAUUCUCAAAAUGGCUUCUUCUAGCGAUGUGGCCAUGACUGGCGCCCAGCCUUCUACCGCUACCGGUACUACGUGCGAUGCCAGCACCCAAACCGGCACUGUCGAAGAAGUUGGUCCUCUCGAGCGAGGAAUCAUCAACCCUCCACUCUUGAGUUCUACCGCUCCGGUCCCUCCGGAGAUCUCCGAGUCCACCCAGGACGGCGUGCUCGUAGCCGUGCUCCUGGGCUGCGGAACCGACUUCAAGGGACGCAACAGGCCUCCUUUCCGUUCGACCCGCCGCGUCGCGCCCGUCAGCGUCGACAUCAUGGUGCCCGCGUGCGGCACUACCGUGAUCUUCCCCGAUGAGGCCAACAUCGCCAUCGUCAUGCGCGGUCUAUCGUAUCUCUUAGACCAGAAGUUCACCGCGUACGCGAACCACCGCACGAACCAACAGUAUUUUCCGUAUUACGCUUUUCACCGUCAUCUGGCGGACUACGAGAGUGCCGAGGUCACGCAGGUCGUCAGCAGCGCCGCGCCGCCGCAGGAGAAGGUCUUGCGCUUGUUCCGAGUGAACCGUCGUGAGGAGUGGAAGCCCGUCCGUGAGGGCGGCAGACUCCUCUUCGUGCGUCUACGUCGCGACGGCUGGACCUACUACUACGACCCCGUUGUGCAGGAACCCGUGGGCGUCAUCAUGCGCAACGACGUCUGCCUUUGGGAGUGUGAGGAGGCCAUCGAACUCCUCUACAACUGGUUGAAGGAGCUCCACGCUGGAGCUUUCCCCUUCCAGGAGGCUCUCUUCGCGUAG